AUGGCAUUUGUCGAAUUUAUGUUCAGUGUUCGCGACUUUUGGGUGAUGUUCAUCUUAUGUUGCAGUGUGAUGAAAACAGUGACAUCGCACGAAUUUUAUGAUUUGAAACCUGUUAAACUUGGAUGUGAAGUUCGUGGUAUUGACAUCGGCCAUCCGGUACCAAGGAGAGUGACCGAACAGAUAAAAAAAGACGUGACCGAACACCGCAUAUUGAUUUUCAAAGAUCAACAUAAUAUUUCACCGAAAAGGCAUGUGAGAAUCAGCAGAUGGUUCGGGGAUCUAGAGUCGUCAUUUUUCACGCAACAUCCUAAGUCGCCAUUACGUGACAUAUACCGCGUGUCGAACGAUAAAUCUGAAGGUUUACGCGCGGUGGGAACUGCAGCGUUUCACACCGAUUGCCUCUAUUUGCCAAGGUUAUGCAGUCAUGCUAUUUAUCACAUGGUGAAUGUCUCUAAAGAGGCUGAGACAGCUUUCGUUCCGUUGUCUGAAAUUCUUAAAGGGCUGACAAAAAAACAAAGAAAUCGAUGGGAGAGGUUGUGGAUGAUCGUACAGCGAACUACACGCGUUGUUCAUCCUUUAAUUUAUUCACAUCCAGGAAGUAAUGAAAAGGUUUUCUUUUUACCUACUGCCUACACUGUUGCCUUUGAGUGGGACAGAGGAAAGAGUAAAACAAGACGUCUAACUGAACCAAAAGAAACUUCGCAGAUUCGUAAAGAAAUAUACGACGUGUUAACAGAACGCCUCAAAGACCUACAAUACAUUCACAAGUGGGAAGUUGGUGAUUUUAUCAUAUCCGACAACCAGGCUGUUGCACAUUGGGCGCCGCCAUCAUCUCAAAAACCCCGUAGACAUAUCGGUCUACGAGUUUUGCACAGAGUGACAGUAGCUGGAAAGGAAGCCCCAGAAAAGAAAUACAUUCCGCCAUCAUUAAAAAGAAAGACUGAACUUUGA